GUGUGUGUAUGAACACAAGAUAACUGUUCAAUCAAUACGAAAGGGAACAUUGAAUCUUAAGAUAGUUAGGUAAUCGUUACAUUUUCACAAUAGUAAUUCAAACGAAACAAAGAUGGGUCAGAUUAAUUCGAAAACUGUGGAUUAUGUUAUACAUGUGACGACUGGUGACAAAAAAGGAGCUGGUACUGAUGGAAAUAUAUUCGUGUCGUUAAUUGACGAAGCUGGUGCGAGGACACGAAAUUUGAGACUCGACACGUUGUGGAAGGAUGACUUUGAGGCAGGAAAUACUGAUAGUUUUCCAAUGAGAGACUGUCCAGAUUUCAAACAUAUCGCAAAGUUGGAUAUUUGGAGGGAUAACACCAGAGCUUAUGAUAAUUGGUAUGUCGAUAACGUUGUGGUUGAACGCUGCGAGGAUAAAGACAAGAGCAUAUUCCCGAUACAUCGUUGGAUUCCAGCAAAGUGUCGAAUUCAGCUUCAGGAAUUUGACUGCGUUUUGCCGCAAUAUGAUAACAAUAUUGAACAACGAAAGAAGGAACUGGUAAAAAAGAAAGAAAUAUACAAACUUAAGGUUCAACACGAUGGUCUCACUGCCCAGAUCUCAGAGAUGCCAGCCGAUGAAUCCUUCUCAUUUGAGUACAGGUGGGAUUUAAAAAAGGCAAAGAUAAAGCUUGGUCUGUCGGCUAAAUUCAUGGCAUCGGUGACUGGCAGGUUUAAAACCCUGGACAGUCUUGAAAAAAUAUAUGGUUCGACAUUUGAAGCACCUUAUGGUUUGGAAAAUUGGAGAAAAGACGUCGAGUUCGGAUCACAAAGACUGACUGGCUGUAAUCCAAUGUCAAUAUGCUUGUGUCAAAGUAUCCCUGAAAAUUUUCCAGUUACACCCGAAAUGGUUGAUCAGUUCCUCGAGGGACAAACCCUAAAGGACUGCCUAGACAAUAAGAGGAUCUACAUUGUGGACUUCAAGAUGUUGGAGGGUGUUGAAUGUAAAGACAAAAACACAUUGUGUGCACCUCUUGGUUUAUUCUACGUGAACAAGAUCCGGAAGUUGAUGCCUAUCGCAAUUCAACUUAAUCAGACUCCCUCUGAUACUAACCCCAUAUUCUUGCCAUCUGACCCCGAAUACACAUGGAUGUUGGCCAAGAUGUGGUUCAACAACUCUGACGCAUUUAAGGAACUAGUUUGUUGCUGUGGUAACCAAUCGUCAACUAUCUCCGUCACAUCCGCUGUUCCGUUUACUGGCUCCACACUUUCUUUAUCUGAUUGCAAUGCCUUGACAAAAUGGAGGCUGGACCGGGAAGGAACCUUACCGAAUGAUCUAAAGAAUAGAGGAGUAGAUGAUGCAGAUGCGUUGCCUAACUACCACUACAGGGAUGAUGCUCUUCUCAUUUAUGG